GAUUUGUGUAGCCAAUCAACCUUAAUGUAAGUAAUUAAGAUAAAUUGUCAUUUUCUUGAAGGUAAAUUAUUUAACUUUCGAUCGAGGAAAGAUCUGUUCAGGGUUAGAGGUGAGUUAAUGGGUGAGACGGGUACACCCUUCCAUCCAUCUGGUGAGGGCUAGGGUAAAGUGAGCAGAAAAUCAAGAAGUUGAUGGACCACUUUGAUUUAUUAUUAUAUUAUUGUUAAGGAAAAAAAAGAUCUAUUUCCGAGUCUGAUUUGGAGAAAGGGUUGGAAUGCUUCAAAAUAGCAAAGGAAUUCAUGCUGCCACGUUAGCAAUAGCAGUCCUGACAGACACGAGAUGAACAAAAUCUCUACCUCCAAGCAAACAUGGAGACAAGCGAGAUCGGCAAUAUUCAUGGGAACGUCUCGGAAUUGGUUCGGCAUUGUUCGAACAAAGUUCUUCACAUCAUCCAAAACCAUCACUGUUCGCCACAUCGCCACCAGCCCCAGCUACAACGAAGAACCAGACGUUACAGAAGGAGGAGCAAUAUACUCUGAAGAACCCAAUGAUGGAGCCCCAUGCUUGCCAUCACCCCGAAAGAAAGAUCUCACCAAGGAGGACAUCGCGGCCAUCAAAAUCCAAGCAAUUUUCAGGGGUCAUCUUGCACGACGGGCAUAUCGAGCGCUCAGGAGCCUUGUGAAGCUACAAGCGUUGGUUCGUGGGGUGUGCGUGAGGAGACAGACACGUAUAGCCUUGCAUUGCAUGCACGCACUUGUCCGGUUACAGGUCAGGGUUCGCACACGGCAGCUGCUCCAGCUGGACUCAUGAUUCAUCAAUUGCCAUUAACCUCUUCACUAAACCACGCUCGCUCUCAUUUUCCAUAUUUUACUUCACGUAUAACAUCAAAUUCCUGUUUGUGUUACACAUUUGGGCUUUCCAGUAACAGCCUAAUCUAAUUUAAAUAUUCACCUGGUAUGACAUUCACUUUAA